GCGGAUGCCUGUGGGGGGGGGGGGGGGGGGGGGGGGGUGUGAGAGAGCGGGCGAGAGGAGAGCGAGUGAGAGAGAGAGAGAGAGCGAGAGAGAGAGAGAGAGAGAGAGAGAGAGAGAGAGAGAGAGAGAGAGAGAGAGAGAGAGAGAGAGAGAGAGAGAGGAGUGGACUGGGCGAGAACAGCCCUUAACGGAACAAGCAGGGAAGACGGAAGCGGCCGCCCUCAGACGCUAAGACUAAAUUGGCCUAACCCAU